UUUUCAAAUUGUCGAAAACCCUGGUUUUUUUUUAUCAAGAUUCCUUACCUUGAAAAAUAAUGGCGGCAAGGGCAGCAACUAGAGCCAUCGCAAAUGCUGCGGUUCGUGCCAAGAUUGCAUCGAGACCGUCUAUUUCCCCCAGAGUCUCCCAUGCUUUCCGACAACUUGCCACAUCUCCAACCUACAUUCGGGUCAGUGGCACCCCCACCAGACCGGCCUUUAUCCCAGCCUUGCGUUGCUUUUCCUCCGAGGCACCACAGCAAUACAGAACACUAUCAUUCUACAAAUUCAGCCCUAUAGACCGAAAUAGCUUGAAGGGGCUGAGAGAAGAAUUGCUGGCAGAUCUCCAUGCUAUGGGUAUCGUUGGCCGUAUUUAUAUCGCCUCCGAAGGCAUCAACGCUCAAAUGUCAUGUCCAGAAAAGCACCUUCCUCAGCUCAAAUUGUAUCUACAAACGAAAUUGAAGUCGUUAUUUGGAGAGCUGAUGGAUUUGAAUUUGGGAACCGAGCACUCAAGGUCAUUCCGGGCUUUGCACGUCCGUAUUCGCAAGCAACUUGUUUCUGACGGAAUGAAAGAAGGCACAUAUGAUCUGUCACUACAGCCCUCUCACCUACACCCAAAGGACUGGCACGCAAAAUUGGAAAAAGCAAGAGCAUCCGGUAAAAACCCAAUUCUGAUUGAUAUGCGAAAUCACUAUGAAAGUCAAAUUGGCUAUUUUGAAGGUGCCAUCAAGCCGGACGUCGAAACUUUCAAGGGCAGCAUGAAAGCCAUGAAUGAAAUUGUCAAGGAUAUACCAAAAGACCAAGAAGUGUACAUGUACUGCACAGGAGGCAUUCGGUGUUCCAAGGCAGGAGCAAUUCUGAGAUCAGCAGGAGGAUUUGAGACCGUUCAUAUGGUUGCUGGUGGUGUUACAGCAUAUGGAAGAUGGAUUCAGGCCCAAGAAGACAAGAUGAGAUCCCUGUUUCGAGGCAAAAAUUUCACAUUCGAUGCUCGACUUGGUGAACGCAUAUCCGACGAAGUUCUCUCGCAAUGCCAUAUAUGCGGGCAUACGUGCGACUCAUUUACAAACUGUGUUAAUGCUUCAUGUAAUUUACUAUUGGUGGCGUGUUCGAAUUGUAGAGCACGAUUCAAGCACACCUGUGGUCGACCUGAAUGCUACAAGGUGGUAGAGGACUAUUAUGAUCAGGGUGUCGGACGAUCGUUCAAGAAGCUCGGUGAUUACAGCGAACGAACAGUCGUCGGUGUUGGAGCCAGUUGUGAGCAUCCGCACGAUACACGAAUUCGCGCAUCACAGGUGCUCGGAGAACCAGGCGACGUUAUGAAGAAAUGGGAGCAGUUAGGCUUAGAAUUGCCGCCUUUGAACACUCCGGUUUAAAAAUACCAGUCUCGCAUUAGAAAAAAAGGAUAAUGGUUGUAAUACUAGAUUGUUUGUUGUAUGUGUGUGUAUGAUAGAAAGAAAGAAAAAAAAGAGAGCAAGAAUUCAAAACAGAAAGUCUUUGAGCUACAAAACUAAUCUACAGGAAUGCAGCGCAUACUGGGCUCUGAAGAACCUCCUGAGGUCCACAAUGAGAUUGUGAUAG